AUGCCUACUUCGACUACCGUAUAUUUAGCCGCUCACUGUUCUGGAACUCAAGCCACAGCGUUUGCCUCAGUUCGUCUUCCAUUCGCUAUGAUGUUCGCCGAGACUUCCCCCGAACGAAACGCUUCUUACAAACUCACUCUGGACUCGGAUAUGCCCUGUUUAGCGCUCAAUACGCUCUUCUCUGAAUUUCAAACGGAAAACCCGUCAUCGAUUGGUUUCCGGGUUCAUGGGCACGACGCUACCGUAUCUGUUUUCGCUGCAAACAAGUCAAGUUGGUUGCACUAA